GUUGUGUGCGUUGCUGCGGACAGUGCGCUCUUCCGAGUUGCUCGCAGCACUUCCGCUGUUCCCCCUGGCCCAGGACUGAAUCGAAUCGGCCGUCGUCUGCCUCGCGCUGGAACGAGCACCAUUCCGUCGGCGGCCGUGUCCCAUUUCUCCGCUGCAGCGAACGUCGUCGCUAUGACGUAAACACUUCGCCGCUCGCCGCCACUGGCCUCCAGUUCGGGGCGAGUUGCUCGAGAUCGCCGUCCUGGCUCGCUUUCGCCAGCUCUCGCUCAGGCCCAACGUCGGAUCUCGGCGAUUCGCGAGGCUUUUUGCGGUCGCCAAGUGAAAUUCUGCUCGUGUGCACGGCCAGCGGCGAGAAUGAGGAAAAGCUGGUCCACCGCUGUCGCGCGUCGCCUGUCAAUUUUCAGUGUGCACUCCGUUCCGUGUGGCGCUGUCGUUUCGCUCGUCUGCGGCAAAACCAGCGAAAAGUCUGUGAAACUCGACGAGGACCUGUGCCGCUGACACGGAGGACGUGGAUUUGUGUCUGACUCCGGGAGUUUCGCGUUUGCCGCGGCAGUUGGCCGCCGGACAGGUGACCAGUGAGGAAAGCUAGCAUUCGAGGAAAAAUUUAAUAUUUUAGAAGAAAAUUAAAAGGAAAAUGUCACAUAACUGUUUGAUGAUUCAAAACGCAUGAAUGACGGUGACGUGAAUUGAAAUUUAUUACGAAUUUAUUUGUGGAUAAGUUGCGGGAGCAUUUCUAGGCGGUUUCGUAUGGCGGGACAAUGUUCGUCUGGCAUGCAUCGAUUGGAUCUUGAGGAUCUUAGAAGGGUCGUCCGCGCUUGACAACAAUCAACCUUGUCUCCAAAAAAAAGAAUUUUAAAUUAUACACAUUGGGAUUGGGAUUAUCCCAGUAGAUUUUAACUAGUCACCAUUUAUCGCAUUGUCAAUCUUAAAAAAAUACAUAGAUUAGAUUCAAUCAAUAUUUUCAAAGAUAUAAAGAUUACAAAUACAAAAAUAUCCAACAUUAACUACUAAAAAUAGUACCAUAAUCAGUAAAUAUUUUAAAAUUGUUGAAAGAAACGCAAGUUAAAGUUUCUCUUCUGAAAACAUAAAGGUCCUAAAUUUAUAAGAAUUUACACAAGUUCAAAGAAAGUCUUGAAGAUUUAUAUGCAAUAAAUAAAUUAACGAAUAUUUAGAAAAUAGUAGAAAGUAGUCAAAGGGAAGAUUCUGAAGAUCGUUUUGGAAUGUGGCUGUUUUUAUGAGAGAAAGAGAAUAUUUUGCAAAAAUAUCGAAUUUAAAUAUUAAUGAAUCAAUUGAAGCUGAAUUGAUAUAUUCCAUUUUAACAGUAUCUAUAACCCCACGCUAGUUUCUUCCGAAAGUAUUAGUACGAAUAACCUUUCCUGAAUUAUAGAUAAGACAAAACAGGGUGUGUUUCAUCAAGCAACAUUGUAAGAUUCAUCAACAAGUUUUCGACAGAAUUGAAGUAUAUCGCCAAAAAGGAAAAGUGAAAAGUGAGACACAAAUAAAGGAAAAGAAAAAGAUAAAUCAGUGCAAGUGAAUUAGAAUUAUCUAACAAUAAAAGAAAAAGUAUAAUAAAAUGAAUAUACGCUACUAUAAUUAGUAUCAAGUGAAAUCCAACUAGUAAAAAAGAUAGAUUACACUAAAAUAUAGUAAAAAUUCAAAAUAAAUAUAAAUAAAAUAUAAAUAUCUAUUCUUAGGAAAAAUGUGGUACCAUAGUAGCUUUUUAUAUUUAUUCUUACUAAAAAGUCCCGACGAAAGUGAAAGAUUAUUUAAUGGAAAUUAUUGGUCAUUUAUAUUAUCAACAAGUUCCAAUAGUAAUUAAUUUGGUUACUCCAAAUAAACCGAAAGUAUAAAAGUUUUAAAAUACACUUUCAAAGAAACAGAAUCUUUCUAUUUAUAUAAAUGAGACAAAAUAAGUCUUAAAUAUAAAUAAAUUCAAAGAAAAAUAAUAAUAAAAUUAAAGAGAAGGAAACCAGGUUUGACACCAAUUCCGCCAAUUUCUUCUAUGCUACAAUCAACAUUGUAUAAUUCCUCAAUCAACACUAUUCAUAAUAUUGAGCGUGUGUAUAAGCGCGCAGUUUUAUUUCGAGUGAUUGGUUUUAAACUAUCAAAGAUUAUAAUCUAAUAAUUAUUGUUCAGAACAAUUUUCAAACAAAAAAGAAUUAUACUUUUACCAUAAUUGAUAGCCGAAUAAUCAUUUUCCUUAUUCGGUGCGUGGAUAAAUAAUGCUUUGAUUUUUAAUGAUAAUUUCCAUUUAAUGCAACCAGAAACCUUUCCGCAUUAUUCUGUAUUGGAAGAAAGUCUAAAAUAAAAUAAAAGAAACAAACAAAGAUCAUUCAAAUAAAACGCGCGCGGUAUUGUGUAAAAAAAAUUGAAAAUUAUAAUUAUAAUUUAGUAGUGAUAUAUUUUCAUUAGUUUUUUAUCAAUAUUUAAGUGAAAAUUAAUUUAAAUUGAAAAGUGGAAUAGUGAAAAUAUUACGCGAAAAAAUUUCAUAAGGAUGCAAAGAAAAAGUGUUGUAAAAUAUUUAUGAAAUUAGUUUAUGUCGGUCGGCAAAUCCGUGCGCGGGUCGUAUAAUAAUAAUUCUAGUUUGUGAAUUAGUUGAAUUUUUCUUUCAUGAGGAUUGUAACGUGUUAGCAUGCUAAUGGACAAAACUAAACAAAAAUUGUCGGCGGCAUAUGCUUCUGGGCCGACCGGACCAGAAACAGGACGCCAACGUCAUGCACCGCUCUAUGGACGUAUUGUUGUUGAAGAAGAAUUGCCUGCCACCCAUCGUGAUGUUAUGCUCCGAUCAAGUCCGAUAUCAUCGUCGGAAGUUCGAGCGAUGCAAUCACGAAUACCCAUACAUUUUCGAGAUCCAGCGUUAGCGCCGUUGCGGAAAUUAAGUGUGGAUUUAAUAAAAACCUAUAAACAUAUAAAUGAGGUCUACUAUGCUAAGAAGAAAAGGCGGGCCCAGCAGACACAAGGCGAAGAUGAUUCGUCGAAUAAGAAGGAACGUAAAUUGUACAACGCCGGUUACGAUGAUGACAACCAUGACUAUAUCAUUAAAAAUGGUGAAAAGUUCUUGGAUCGUUAUGAAAUCGAUUCGUUAAUUGGUAAGGGCAGUUUUGGGCAAGUAGUUAAAGCGUACGACCACGAGGAGCAAUGUCACGUUGCUAUUAAGAUAAUUAAAAAUAAGAAACCGUUCCUAAAUCAGGCACAAAUAGAAGUUAAAUUGCUUGAAAUGAUGAAUCGUGCUGAUGCUGAAAAUAAAUAUUAUAUAGUUAAACUAAAACGGCACUUUAUGUGGCGAAAUCAUCUAUGUCUGGUAUUCGAAUUGCUCUCCUACAAUUUGUACGAUUUACUGCGAAAUACGAAUUUUCGUGGUGUUUCAUUGAAUCUAACACGAAAAUUUGCCCAACAGCUGUGCACUGCUCUACUUUUUCUGAGUACACCCGAACUGAACAUAAUUCACUGUGAUCUUAAACCCGAAAAUAUUUUGUUGUGUAAUCCAAAACGAUCAGCAAUCAAAAUUGUUGAUUUUGGUAGUUCGUGUCAAUUAGGACAACGGAUAUACCAGUAUAUUCAAUCACGAUUCUAUCGAUCACCCGAAGUUUUGCUCGGCAUACCAUACGACUUAGCGAUAGAUAUGUGGUCAUUGGGCUGUAUAUUGGUCGAAAUGCAUACGGGCGAACCUCUAUUUUCCGGUUGCAACGAAGUCGAUCAAAUGAACAAAAUCGUCGAGGUGCUCGGCAUGCCACCAAAAUAUCUUCUAGAUCAAGCGCACAAAACCCGAAAAUUCUUCGAUAAGCUCGUAACGGAUGGUAAUUAUGUGCUGAAGAAAAGUCAAAAUGGAAGAAAAUACAAACCUCCUGGUUCACGAAAAUUACAUGAUAUAUUGGGUGUAGAAACUGGUGGCCCGGGCGGACGAAGAUUAGACGAGCCUGGACAUUCUGUAUCGGACUAUUUAAAAUUUAAAGACUUAAUCCUGCGAAUGUUGGAUUUCGAUCCUAAGACACGUGUAACACCGUAUUAUGCCUUGCAACAUAAUUUCUUUAAGCGUACGGCUGACGAAGGCACAAAUACAGCGAGUAUAGCAAUCUCAUCACCGUCGGUUAGUUCGAGUACGUCGGUAUUGAAUCAACAUCAGCAGCAUUCAGAUCAACAGAGUCAUGGCAUAUUACUCCACCCACCACCACAAUCAUCUUCCAUAUCAUCGUCAUCAUCUGGUCUUAUUCCUCCAUCGUCAUCGGCGACAUCGUCAACCCAGCAACCUGCCUCUAUACAUUCUCGUACAGUUCGUAUUGAUCACAUUAUGAAAAUGUUCGAUCCUACUCAAAAGCAACAGCAGCAGCAGCAACAGCAACUCGCCCCGCCCCAAUCGCUUCAAAUGCAGUCCUCCGACUAUGCACCGCACCAACGUAUAGGUGUUCAAUCAAUGCUCUCCCCCUUUUCGGCUUCGUCCAGUUCGUCGUCGACUGCAUCUCAGGGAAGUACAACAUGCCAAUCGAUGCAAUCCGCCCCAAGUUAUCCACACGCUAUGGACUGCGAUCCGCCGCUACUACCAUCCUGUUCAUCGACACAAUCGGGGCAAUCACUAUCAUCAUCAACGUCAUCCCUCCCGCCACCGCCACAACACUCCUCCUCCUCGUCGUCAUCAGUGAGUGCAGGAGCACUACAGCCUCGUUACAACUCAAUGCAUAACAUCAUAAACCUUUCACGGUUAUACAAGACGCAAAUGUGUCACAUUGGUGGCCCGCAACCGCACGAUAGCCUCACAGGUCUGGGGCCAGCGAACUCUUCCUCCUCGAAUAUGGUCUCGUCGUCUUCAUUACACCACAACAGUCUGAAAGGACACCACGCGUCCAGCGGAAACCUCAUCAAUUACGCCCCAGCCUCGUUACCACUAGAUCUCGGGCAAAACGCGGCCACAACUAUUUCACUCAUUGACACCAAGAAGGGUCCUGUGAACUUUCCCCAUCAUUUCGGCCAUCAUCCACCCCGAAACAUGUUUGGCGGUAUGAAUAGUGAUCUAGCGGGAACCUGCAACAGUCCAAAUCAAAGUAGUAGCGUUCCAUCUUCUGCGUCGUCUACCAAGUCCUCUCGAUCGAAUACCGGCGUUAAUCAGCCCUCAACGGGUGGCAGUGGGACGGGCACAGCGAAUCAGAAUGAACGUGACGAUUCACCAAUGGUCGGUGUUUGUGUUCAGCAAAGUCCUGUCGUUAUUCAUUGACUUGCGGGGAAGUUUUCAGAUUAAGCAGAUUUCGAGUUCUAGCUCUAAGUGAACUGUAGUUUGUAGUCUAAAUAAUAAUUUUAACUAUUAUUGAUUAAUAAUUAUUGAAAAGAAACUCUUGAUUUUAGGUCUAAAGUGAUCCAACUCAUUUAAGUUCUAGCGAAAUUUACUUGUACCUACUAGCUCCUAUCCUCCAAUCCACAGUGUCCCGACUGCGUGUCCUUUUGUUUUAAUUUUCAGUACAUGGACUUGCUUUUCGUUAGUGUAAUUCUUUUGAGUUUCCGUUGUAACAUGAUUUAUGAUAUUUUCCGCUCGCAAUAGAUUUUAUAUUUAUUAGGUUGUAAAGAGUAAAAUUCAUUUGAUGUACUACGAUCAACGAACGUUUUUAUUUCCUUUUCCUACGCAAAAUUUUCUCUUUUCGUUUUGUGCGCUUUACUGCAUUGAGUACACUUCACACAUACAUAUACAUACGUUUUAGUUCUAUGUCGAUGUUUCAGAUUCUUGAAGCGAGAAAGGAGAGAUACAGAAAUAUAAAUAAAAAAGAAUCAAGAAAGAAAA